UCUCAUACUCUCCCCUCAACAUGGCCACGAAGAUGGAGGGGCUGCGUGCCGAGGGCAACGCGUUCUUCAGCGCGAAAGAAUUCAAAUCCGCUGUAGACAAGUAUACAGAAGGUCUGGCUGCUGCUCCGCCGUCUUCUGACCUCUCUGAUGAUGACCUGAAGGCUGUGGAGGCGCAGCGGGUGCUGCUUUGGAGCAAUCGCGCCGCCUGUCUCCUGCAGCUCGAAGACUUCGCCGCUGCCGAGAAUGACUGCACGCUGGCACUGGGCAUUGAGCCGGACAAUACCAAGGCGCGUUACCGUAGAGCACAGGCGCACAUGGGCAUGGGAAAUAUGACGCAGGCCUUCAAGGACGUGCACCUGGUUCUGCAGCACGCUCCGAGCAACAAGGCGGCGGCCGCAUUGGCUCGGAAGAUCCAAGAGCGUGUGCGAGAAGAUGUACAUGGCGUGCAGAAGGCACUGGACACUAUUAUGACUGGCGUACAGGGAGAACAGGGCGAUGCAGGAGUGAUGGAGGUGCUUAAGGAGCAGGAGAAGACGGUGGAGGCUCUGCAAUAUCUUGAGAUGAAGAGUGUCACGGAGCUCACGAGUUUGCCUGAAGAAAUUGCGAAAAGAGAAGGACUAGUUGUACUCUGGAGAGCAGUUAAGAAGCUUGUGGAACUGAGCGAGAGUGAGGAGAAGGAGAAGCUGUGGACCAUCUUGUCCCAUGUGGUCUCUCUACUGUCGAUUUUGGCGUCAGCGUCGAUGGAAAUGGCCGGUAGGACGUUUGAAUCAAACAGUGGAGCGCUGAAUAGCUUAUUAGAGCUACUACACAACCAAGUAGCCUUGGAAUACGAAGCCCAUGGUGACGUGGAGAGCAAGCAAAUGCCGAUUAGAGGCCGGAAGGCGAUCAUUCGACUGUCUGCGUUCGUCUUCAAGUAUCUGCUAAUCGCUGCCAAGUCGGAUGACGACGCGUGUGUACGUCGCGUACUUGGUGGAAUCCUAGAUGGUCUACGUAGUCGAGAACGGGUGCUGCAGAUUGCGGCGCUGGACGGACUGCUCCACUUCAUCUCUGUAUUAGGUGGGCAGACUUCAAUUGUAGCGAAUAACGAUGACAGCGCAGCGCAACAGCUAAAGGCCCGCUUUGCAACGUUGGCGCAGGAAUUGGGGCUGUUCUCUUUGCUGCACACAACAGCUUCCAGUGCAUUACCUGGGCUUGAUACCGGUACAACUGCUACAGAGUCGUCGAGCUCGGAACUGACUGGUGUGUUGCUGAGUCGCCUUCCUCUGGUUUUUACGCAAUGUCUGGCGCAUUUCGAGGGUGAUGAUACGAUGCUGAAGAAAAUGGUAAGAGAUUGGUGCGUGUCUCCUGUGCUUGUUGCGAGGCCUACGAACCGCACCCAGUUGGCUCAGGGCUCUGCGUCUUGUUUGCUGCUCUCGGCUCUCUUCCUCUCAAACGCGAAGCUUGCGUUGUGGGCUGUGCAACAAACUGGGAAUGAUGGCACAGCGUUCCUCACUCGGUUGCACGAGUUCCUGACUGCCUCGCGAACUUUUGACGAUGCAAAGACUCACACGCGACAGCUACAAGAGAUCUGGGUCGACUGUGUUGCCAGUAUUUGCGGAGUGGAGCAUGGACCCGCGUGUGUGCCUCCCGCUUUAAGAAUCGAGAUUCACAGAAUGCUGCAAGCUUCGUUGGACGAUGAAGACGAUUUGAUGCUCCGUGCCAGUGCUUUGAGUAUUCAAGUGAAGCUCGGGAUUGUGGAGAAGACACUUGAGAUGCCGUCUGCGGAUGGUCAGUUCCUCAUGGAUAGUGUGUUCGAGGUGCUUGCGAGUGCAGAGGCAGUGGAAAGCAAGCACAGGGAAGUAGAGAAAGCAAAAACCAAGGAGAACAAGAAGGCAGUGCCCCGAUCGCAGUUGUUCUGGAGCGGAGUUUCUCCUAAAGAGCGUGGUAUCGAAGCAUUGUCGUAUUUGAUCACGUACACUCCAGUCAAGGACGCAUUCGUCAAGCACGCAGGUGCCGUUGCCAGUGUGUUCCGAAUCGAGUUUCCAAAUGCGAAGGAUUCAAGUACCGGAUCUAGCGCUGGCUUCAGGUCGAACGUCUAUUACGGCAUCGGGUAUAUCUUGCGCCACGUCCUUACCUCAGAGGCGGCUAUUAAACGCAAGCAAAUGGAGGGGAUGGAGAUGACAGCGGAUCAAUACGAAGAGCUGCAAAAGGCUUUGAAGCAGAAGUCUGCGCUGGACGAUGGCGACACUCCUGAAAAUGUCCAGAACCGAGUAACCAAGCUCGCUGCUUCGCGUGAUGUAUUGACGACGCUCGUGCAGCUGCUGAAACUCUCGGCUACCAAGUCGGAGAAUAUCAUGGAGAUGGCUACACUAAGUGCUCUGCACGCCGCAGAAGCGCCCACGGUACGCGGCAACUUGGUGCAAUGUGGAGUCUUCCAGGCUUUGAUCCCGUUAGCGCUUCAUCAUAUCGCUGUAGCCAAGACUAAAGAUGGCAAGAAGCAGUCCCAGAUUCAUGGCACCAAGAUCUCGAACGCGGCAGGCCAAGCGAUGGCCAAGAUUUUGAUCAGUACGAACCCGAACUUGAUCCCUUCUUCAUCGCUCUUCUCGUCUAUUCGGCCACUGCUCGAUUUGUGCAAGGGUGACCAGCAGUUGCUGCAUUUCGAGGCGCUUAUGGCGCUCACGAACAUUGCAAGUGUGUCCGAGGAAACCAAGGCGCGCAUUGUGGGAGAACCACAGGGCCUUUCAACGCUCCAGUACCUGCAGUUCUCGGAGCAUGAGCUCGUUCGUCGUGCUGCCACUGAAGCCAUUUGCAACCUCCUUCCCAAUGAAAAAGUGAUCGAGCAGGUUUUCAUGAAUGAAGAGAAAGUGCGACUGUGGAUCGCGUUUGCGUCUUUAGAAGAUGAGGCUGAAGAUUUCGAGACGGCACGAGCUGCUGGCGGUGCAUUGGCGAUGGUGUCGCAGGUCCCGCAGGUUAGCUGGGUGAUCCUGCGUCAAAGUGGACUCAAGGCCUUCACCACCAUUAUCGAAGAAGGCACCAACGUCGAAACGCUGCAUCGUGCUCUGUUCGCUAUGCAGAACUUGCUUGAGGCUAUCUCCGGAGCGGCAAAGGACGAGGAAAAGGCUGAAGAAAGAGUGAAGUUCAUUGAUCAAGUCAAGCAGCACAGUGCGAAGCUGAAGCAGAAGCUGGCUGCUCACAGUGGUAAGGACCAACUCAAGGCAGCGGCUCAGGCUUGCCUCGCAGCCUUGGACCAGGUGAUCGGAUAGCUAAAUCGAGUAGAGAGAGGGUAUCUGAAUGCAUAAAUCUCGUUCAGUGUUCCAUUUUGAUAGCUGACGGGGAGAUCGCAGCGCCGUAGACUGUCACGAUGCAGUAG